AUGGCGCCUCAAACUACGUCUGCUGACGCUCGGCAUGUUUCUUCGCCCGGAAAUACGUUUGCUGCUCAGGAACCUGCUGUACCACCCAUGCGCAUGCCCCACCUCGAGUUUGUGUAUCGCAUCGUGGCCAACAUGGACCAGACAAAGGUGUCCGAGAUCAAAAAUAUUGACGGAGCGGGAUUGAUAAGGCUCAUACUGCCAAUCAAGGACGGCAUUGUAGACGGGCCUCGGAUCAAGGGCGUUAUCGUCGAGGACAGUGGUGCAGAUUGGGCGGAGAUUCCGAAUCCUGAUAAGAUCUUCACGAGGCUUAAUGCUCGAUACACUGUCAAGACCCAUGACGGAUUCCAUAUCUUGGUUACUGCUACGGGAAUUUUUCGCCCAGGGCCAGGUGUUGAGAUGAGCAAGCCGGCGCCUGACGCAUCGCAAGACGACGUUGAAUACUUUACUCAGAUACGACUAGAAGCGCCUGGGGAUAGUCCUUACAACUGGCUAAAUGAGAACCUGUAG